AUGCGUAUUCCACCGCUUCUUAUCUUUUAUCUAGCUAGUGUAGUUUACAAAAAUAAAUUGCUUGAUAACCCGUUGGAGGAUAUUGUGGACUAUGUGAAUAACAAGGCAAAUACAACAUGGAAGGCCGGUAAUAAUACGCGAUUCCGUGAUGCUUUAUCCUCUAAAACACAAAUGGGCACCAUACUCAAUGCCAGAAGGUCUUCUCUUCGAACGAAGUCUUAUCAUUUAUCUGAAGAAGAACAGGCGGCCCUGCCUCCAGAAUUCGACGCUCGAAAAGUCUGGUUGAAGUGCACCACUAUAGGAGAAAUCCGAGAUCAAGGAAAUUGUGGAUCCUGUUGGGCUUUUGGAGCGGUUGAAGCAAUAUCUGAUAGAAUAUGCAUUCAUUCAAAUGGAACUGAAAUUUUGAGGAUAUCAGCCGAUGAUCUGGUCACCUGCUGUGGCUUUAAAUGUGGCUUCGGUUGCAAUGGGGGCAUCCCCGAAAACGCCUGGAAAUACUGGGCUAAAAAUGGAAUUGUGACAGGAGGCCUCUAUGAUAGCCAUGACGGAUGCCGCCCAUAUGAAAUUCCACCUUGUGAACAUCACACCAAUGGAAAUUUACCCGAUUGUCACGGAAACGCAAGAACCCCGAAAUGUUUGAGAAAAUGUGUGGAUGGCUAUGGUGUGCAGUACGAUGCAGAUAAGCAUUUUGCUGAGAGCGUAUACAACGUUAGAGCAAACGAAGUGGAUAUAAUGAAGGAAAUAAUGACAAAUGGGCCCGUUGAGGCGAGCUUCACUGUGUAUGCCGAUUUCUUGACAUACCACUCAGGUGUCUAUCAGCAUGUGAAGGGUGGAUUUCUAGGAGGUCACGCGGUGAAGAUGCUUGGAUGGGGAGAAGAGAAUGGGACAAAGUAUUGGCUUUGUGCAAACUCUUGGAACUCAGAUUGGGGAGAUAAAGGUUUCUUCAAAAUUCUUCGUGGACAUAACCACUGUGGAAUUGAGAGUGAUAUUAAUGGUGGAAUUCCAAAACUUCGAAAAUGA